AUGGAAAAAUUGAAAAAAUAUAAACAGAGGAAUAAGGAGGUGAUCCAUAGCAGCCAGGUCGACAUUUCAAGAAGCAGCCAGGAAAUGGAAAGAAAUGAAGUAUCUUUCGAAACACACAAAAUUGAUAUUGUUGGAACAGAAAUGGUCUUUCAUCUUGAAAAGCACACUGAGGAAAUAAACCAAGCUUCUCAGAUCCAUCAGUAUGUUCAAGAAACAGUCAUUGAUAUACCUGAGGAUGAAGACGUUCCGAAGAUUUCGGUUAAGGUUUUAAAAGAGCAAUUUGAAAAGUUUGCUCAGGAAAAGACCCUUUAUUCUGACAAAGAGACAGCCCCAGCCAAGCAGAUUAAUAAGAAACUGCUGCCCCCAGACAAGGAAAUAUGUAUACUUUGUCAAAAGACAGUUUAUCGAGAGGAGUGCCUCAUAGCCGACAUGCAGAUUUUCCAUGAGUCCUGCUUCAGAUGCCACAACUGUGACAGUAAACUGAGUUUGGGAUAUUAUGCAUCACUUCAUGGACAAAUAUAUUGUAAAUCACACUUAGAGCAACUUUUCAAAUCUAAAGGAAAUUAUGAUGAAGGUUUUGGACACAAACAGCAUAAAGACCGAUGGAAUUGCAAAAUUCAGAGCAGCUCAGUGGACUGUAUUCCUAAUGAAGCACCAAAUAUGUGUAAAAACAGUAUAGAAAACACCCCCACACUUAGGGAUCUUAACAAACAUUUAGAUGCUGAGAACAGCAAAGGGCAAAGGGAUGAUCUGAGAAAAGUCAGGGAGAGGAGAAAACUAAAAAUCAUUUGGUCCCCAUUCAGGGAGCUGCCUGAGAAAACCUUUCCCCUUGAGGAAGAACUCAAAAUGAACAAACUGAAAUGGCCACCUGAAAUUACAGCCCCUGCAUCUGCUGAAUUUAAAGAUGAACUAAGAGAACACAAUAACACUCUGGAAAAUAAAGGACAAGAGCAAGAUACUUCUCUUCUUGAGACAUAUCUGCAGCCCAUCCGUAUGUGUCAGAAAGAUGUUACAGGAAUCCAAGAAAUGGAAGUUAUAACAAAGCAAGAUGAGAAGGAAGGGAGUAAGAAUGUGCCAGAUAAUCUGAAUGAGGCUGAAGAAAUAAAGAAUAAGAGGAAAAGUGAAAUGGAUGUUAGCAAGAAUAAUAAUGGAGUUGUUUAGAUAGCUGAGGAGAAAAAUGAACCAGGUGAUGAACUUGACGGUGCAGAAGUUAUACGGGUUACUGACACUGAUGAUGAGGUGGUACCAGAAAAUCAUAAAGAGAAUUUGAAUAAGAAGAAUAAUAAUUAUGUAGCAGUCUCGGAUCUGAAUAAUGGCAGGCAGAAGACAUCUAUUUUAGAAUUUCCUAAUCUAUUACCACUGUCAAGUGAAGCAAACUGUGUUGCAAGUGACUAUGUGAUUGAAAACUUAGAAAGUGUAUCCAGGAUCUCUGAGUUACUAAAUACAUUUGAAUCUGAAGAGAUGUACUCGAGGAAUGUACCAGCUAUGGCUCUCAAGAAGCAGGCUGGCAGAGCUACUGCUGGCAGUCCUGUGCAGUCUGCCCCCAAGUCAGUCCUCAGUAGCGGCUUAAGAGGAAAGAGGAACAGCUCAAUGGCCUCUCCUCCUAACACAAAUACCUUAAACAUCAAAGAAAACCACUCAAAUAACAAGAAUCUACACUUCCUCUUUUCUAACACUGUGAAAAUUGCUGCUUUUUCCAAGAAGGAGGAUGCUGAUUUAAUAGAGUCUGUAGAUCGAAUUAAAAACAUGCCGUGUUUGUACUUAAGAGAACUUGGGAAGAACAUCAAACAUUGGCAUGGUGAAGCAGGAGCAGCAGGAAACACAAGCUUUGAUGCUCUGAGCAGUGAAUGUGCAACUAAGCCUUCGUUUCCCAGAGUGGAGGACCAGUUUGAACAACUCACUGCGGAAGAGCAAGUUAAAAGGAAUAGGUGCUACGGUGACACAGAGUAA